CAUGUUUCCAUACAUAUUGGCACUAUGUUUAAGUCUCUGCAUAUAAAUUGUUAAUGGUGUCUCUGAUAACAUAGAGGUUAUCACUUCAUGUUGGCUUAUAACAGUAUAAGACAAUCAAAAAUUCAAGGUAUUAUAUAUCAUAUAUUAUUUUUUAGACUUUUGAUCAUGUAGUUGAUUCAGUGGCUAAGCGAUAUUAACAAAAUGAUAAAGAUAAGAUUGUUCAUGACAUAAGAAUAUAUAUGAUAAAAAAGUGUUUUGCUACUCUUCCUCUUGCUGAUAGUAAAUAAGUAAGUAUACUUGUUUAACACGCGUUUUUUAGAUAAUCAAAGAUUUUGAAGCUGGAUUAUCAUUCCAUGUUACAUAUAGAGAAAUUGUAAAAGGCUUCGAUUACACUCAUUAUAU